UUUUUUUACAAAAUACCGAUAAACUUGGCCAACGUUGAUAGUUUUGUGCAACGGUAGGAUGAAAGCGCACCGAAAGAAAUUUGUCUUUGUGUUUCUCUGCCUAUGGCUACAUGCUAAAGGCACUUUUAGUAGGAAUUCCUUUUUGUGGCAUGAAGUACAGGAAUGGAGGGACAAAGUUGCUCUGAAUGACUAUCUCUGGAAAAUGGAUGCAGCAAGUAGGGUUGUCUGCUCGUUUCAUUGCCUACUAGACAAGACCUGCGAGUCUUUCUUCUAUCAUAGCUCAACGAAACUCUGUGAAGGACAUCCCUCUGUGUACCUCUAUCUGUCAGACGCCAGUAAUCAAGUAUCACCCAAUACACAGUAUUAUAAAAUUGCCUGUGAGGGUGGACCGUCUUACAGAUACGACCGAGCCAUCAAUACCUGUUACAGCGUGAAGGAGAUCAGAAGGUCAUGGUACGCUGCACAGUUGCACUGCCAAUCAGAGAAGGCCUGGCUCCUGGAUUUGAGUGACCAUCAAGUAGCGUCACAUCUAAUGAACAACUUCAAUAACUACCAUGACCCUUUUCUGAUCUACUACUGGUUCUGGUUGGGAUUGACUGAUCUUCAGUCGGAAGGAAACUAUGUUUGGAGCCAUUCCUCCAAAGCAUUAAAUGGAUCCGGGAACUGGUUGCCAGGAGAACCAGACAACGCAAAUACGAACCAGCACUGCGUGUACAUGAGACACCAAGAUGGAAGAUUUCAGUGGGGUGAUAUAGAAUGUACCACAGACUUCAUAGAGUUCAUAUGUCAGUCCAUUGUUGUUUGAAUGCAAUUUUCGACAUUUAAAACGAUGAUUUACAUAUAUUUAUAUUCCCAUCGUGACAUUAAAAUUCUCAAGUUUU